AUGAAGCCAAACAAAAGGAUUGCUGUGGACUGGCAUGGUGUGCUGGUGGUAAAUGACCAGUACAACAAAGAGAAUACUGAAUGCCUGGAAAGCUUGAAAAAAGCUGGCUAUGAAGUGCACCUCCUCAGCUUCUGUGGCUUCAAGAGGUCCCAGGAAGUGUGGAACUGGGCCUGGCAUGAAUGGGAUGGCUGGACCUCAGUGAACUUCACUUGGAAAAGGAAUGGCAGGAAGUCAAUCUCCUGCUACUCCAACUUCAAAGCUGCUGUCCAAGAGAUCUUGAGCAGGGAGGAAAGAAUCCAAAUGGUGACAGAAAAUGCUGACACCCAAGAAGAAGCUGCUGCAGAGCUUAAAAAAACACUCACACAAGCAGAGCAGCAAAGUGCAUGGGGAAAAAUGAAAACCCACUUGAAAAACAACCCAGAAGAAGCCAAGAAGGUGGACAACAUGUCCAAGAAGGAAGUGGGUUUGUUUGCCACUUUGUGCCUGCUGAAAGACAAAGCCCCCAAGUUCAUGCAGGCAAAGCAAGAAAUGUCCCAGGGAACCUCCUUGACAAAAGGAGAAGCUUGGGAGUCUGAGCUUCAAAUGUCACAGAGAUUUUCCCAAGAAGAAUUUGAAGCACACCUUAAUUCAGGGAGAGUGCUAUGGAGAAAUGAUCCUUGGACACCAGGGAUCUUCCAAUACCUGGACCAAGGAGAUAUUAAGAAAGUGCCGACAGUGAAGCACAAAGACACAUGGGCUUGGGGUCAGGAAUAUGCUGCUGAAGGUGAAGAUGAAGAAGCUUGGCAAAAGCACUUCUCAAGGGACUUGCAAACUCAGAUGCUGCAGCUGGAGGGCAAAGGAAAAGGCAAAGGCAGCAAGGGUGCCUUGACAAAAGGCAAAGGUAAAGGGAAGAAAGGCAAGCCUGCACAAUUGGCAAUUGAAGAUGGCACAGUGGGUGAGGAAGAAGGAUCAGAUAAAGAAGAAGACCCAAAGACAGAGGAAGAGGAAUGGAAGGAAUGCUUGAAAAAAACAAGGAAGGCCAGGGACCAGUGUGUGCAAGCAGCUUCCAACCUGGAAGAAGAAAUUGCCAAGGCAAACAAAACUGGCAGGCUGAGCAAGGCUAGCAAAAAGGAUGCUGAGGCCUUGGUGCAUGAGGCUCAUGAGUUUGAAGGGAAGUUCAAAGAGAUUCUAUUGAAGAAGGACAAGGCAAUGAGCUUGACAAAAGCUAAGGGACUGAUUGCAGAAGCUACUGCCAAGCGCAGGCAGUUGAAAGAUGAAAAGAGGGAGCUCAGUGUGUUGGCCAACAAGACAUUCUCCAAAACUUCCAAAGUUUCCAAAGCCUCCACCAAAAAGUAG